CAUUGUUUGAGGGGGACAAAGCGGCAAUCCUUUCUGCCGUAUCACUUCUCCAAAAGCCCUCUUCUUCUUCUUGCGAACUUAGCUUCAGGAUUUCUGGUAAGCAUUUCAACCUAAUUUUAUAUUUAAUUCAAUGUUUUAUCGCGGUAGGUUAUGCCCUCCACAUCUUUAUAAACUUGCUAAGAACCCUGGUUACAAACCUUAUUUUCAUGCUUCCAUUUCACAAAACUCUAGUUUCCGCACAAAUGGAGUAAUUGACACUUGGUUUCAAUUCAAUUCCCCGAGAUCUAUACUGGGUCUCCAUUUGUUUCCCUCAAUUUUUUCCCUAUCUAAAAACCCUAACUUUCUCUUUCACACUAAAUAUGCCACUGACAUACCUUAUUGUAGUAAAGACUCUUACUUUGCGAGAAAUUACUGUUCUGGGAAUAUUAAUGAAGGUGGGUCUGCUAAGUGGACUGAGGAUAUAGAGUAUCUAGAUGAGUCUGGAAGUGUGAUUUAUAGUGGUAAAGGUAUUCGGUCAGUCGAGCCGGGGCUCGAUGACCAUGUGAUGGUUGGUGGGCUAAAGAAACCAUUUUUGAAUGUUGCUGCAGUUGCUAAGAUUGUUGAGAUUGUAAAGAGGUGGAAAUGGGGGCCAGAAUUAGAGACCCAAUUGGAUAAGUUACAAUUUGUACCUAGCAUGACUCAUGUUGUUCAAGCUUUGAAAAUUAUUAAUGAUGCUGAUGGGAUGUUGAGUUUGUUUAAAUGGGCAAAGAGGCAAACUUGGUAUGUAGUGGAUGAUGAAUGCUAUGCGCUGUUGUUUGAUGGAUUGAAUAAAAUUAGAGAUUUUGAUGGAAUUCAAUCCUUGUUUGAUGAAAUGGUACAAGAUUCAAGUAAGGGUGGGAUAUCUUCUGUUUAUGCAUAUAAUAGGGUGAUUCAACAUUUGGCUAAAGCAGAGAAGUUGGAGUUAUCAUUUUGCUGCUUUAAGAAGGUUCAGGAUUCGGGCUGUAAAAUUGAUACACAAACAUAUAAUGCACUUAUAACAUCAUUUUUGAAUAAGGGCUUGCCUUAUAAAGCUUUUGAGAUAUACGAGAGCAUGCAAGCAGCACAAUGUUCAUUGGAUGCCUCCACAUAUGAGUUGAUGAUACCAAGCUUGGCAAAGUCAGGUCGUCUAGAUGUGGCUUUUAAGCUUUUCCAAGAGAUGAAAGAAAGGAAAAUCCGGCCAAGCUUUGGCAUUUUUUCCUCACUUGUUGAUUCAAUGGGGAAAUCAGGGAGGUUGGACACAUCAAUGAAAAUUUAUAUGGAAAUGCAGGGUUUUGGACUUAGAUCAUCUGCAAGUAUGUAUGUUUCUUUGAUCGAGUCAUAUACUAAGGCUGGGAAGUUAGAUACUGCUCUUAGGCUUUGGGAUGAGAUGAAGAAAGCUGGAUUUAGGCCAAAUUAUGGGUUGUAUACAUUAAUUAUUGAAUCCCAUGCAAAGUCAGGAAAGCUUGAUAUUGCAACAUCUAUCUUCAAAGAUAUGGACAAGGCUGGAUUUCUGCCCACCCCAUCUACAUAUUCAUGUCUUCUUGAAAUGCAUGCUGCCUCUGGACAAGUAGAUUCUGCAAUGAAGCUAUAUAACUCAAUGACUAAUGCCGGUUUGAAACCUGGUUUGAGUACGUACACUGCCCUUUUAACUCUUCUGGCUAGUAAGAAGCUUGUAGAUGUGGCUGCCAAAAUAUUACUUGAAAUGAAGGCCAUGGGAUUUUCUGUUGAUGUGAGUGCCAGUGAUGUUUUAAUGGUAUACAUUAAGGAUGGUUCUGUUGACCUUGCCUUGAGGUGGCUAAGUUUCAUGGGCUCAUCCGGAAUUAGAACAAAUAAUUUCAUAAUUAGGCAGUUGUUUGAGUCUUGCAUGAAGAAAGGUUUAUACGAAUCAGCCAAGCCUCUCCUUGAGACCUAUGUGAACUCUGCUGCUAAAGUGGAUCUCAUACUUUAUACAUCAAUUCUUGCCAAUCUUGUCCGAUGCCAAGAAGAGCAGCAUGAGAGGCAUUUGAUGUCAAUCCUUGGCGCUACAAGACAUAAGGCACAUGCUUUUAUGUGUGGGCUUUUCACUGGUCCAGAGCAGAGACAGCAACCAGUGUUAUUCUUUGUAAGAGAGUUCUUUCAGGGCAUAGAUUAUGAUUUGGAAGAGGGUGCUGCAAAGUACUUUGUAAAUGUUUUGCUCAAUUACCUUGUUCUUAUGGGGCAAAUAAACCGAGCUCGAUGUGUUUGGAAGGUUGCGUACGAGAACAAGCUUUUCCCAAAGGCUAUAGUAUUUGAUCAGCAUAUUGCUUGGUCCCUUGAUGUCAGGAACCUGUCGGUAGGAGCUGCUCUUAUAGCAGUUGUGCACACUCUCCAUAGGUUCAGAAAGCGCAUGUUAUAUUAUGGUGUCGUACCAAGACGCAUUAAAUUGGUUACAGGACCCACACUGAAGAUUGUGGUUGCGCAGAUGUUGAGCUCAGUAGAGUCCCCAUUUGAGGUAAGCAAGGUGGUUCUAAGAGCCCCAGGGGACUCUGUUAUGGAGUGGUUUAAGAAACCUAUUGUGCAGCAGUUUCUUCUGAAUGAGAUUCCUUCAAGGGCUGAUAUACUCAUGCAUAAGCUAAACACACUGUUUCCUAGUUCUGCACCUGAAAUCAGAUCACUGGCUCCUAAUAAACCACUCAUUUGAGGGAAGGCUGUUUAACUGUUUACGAUAGUUGAGAUCAGUUACAGUUGAUGUAAUUAUAGUUCUGAAAUGAAUUCUUAUGUUAUCAAGUAUUUUGAGCAUGGUCCUGAACUGAAGGUACAUGUACAAGGAAAGUGGAAGAUGAGAUGUACAAAUUCAAUGGAUUAUUUAAUUUAAUAUAUUCAGGCAUGCAGGUGCAGAUUCAAGCUA